UGGCGUGCUGGAGGGCUGUGAGGAGCGCAGCGCUGUGCCGGUCGUGUCCACAGCGCUUCUGCUUUCCCCACAGAGAGCAGAUGUGGGGUGACUUCUUCACAUGGAGGGUGGUGACGCACUGAACAGGUUGCCCAAGGAGGCUGUGGAUGCCCCAUCCCUGGAGGCAUUCAGGGCCAGGCUGGAUGUGGCUCUGGGCAGCCUGGUCUGGUGGUUGGUGACCCUGCACAUAGCAGGGGGUUGAAACUCGAUGAUCUUUGUGGUCCUUUUCAACCCUGGCCAUCCUAUGAUUCUAUGACUUCUUUCUGCUCCCUGCAUGAAGAGGGGAACUCCAGCACUGCCUGAAGCGAGCAGUGAGGGUGCCGGGGUUGGGCAGCUCCCCGGAUUCCUCUCCUUACCCUGCCAUGUGUGCUGGGGGCUUUUGGUGCCUCCUGUCCUGCCCGGGCAGAAAUGUACUUUAUUUCCUUGUGUGGGUGCUCUCAGAGUUGCUUCUGGAAAGGAGAUAGUUGGACAGAUGAGUAAUGCUUCAAGGAAAUAUACCGAGGAAUUGCCCAAUCGCUGCACGCUUAGAAACCCUUUCAUCUGCUUUCACUUUCGUUUACUGCUUUCUUCCACUUUGUGGCUGCUGCAGACACCAGUAGGGCGUGGUGAUGCAAAACAGCACAAGGGCCAAGCAGAGCAGCAUCAGGGCACACAACUGGCUCGUUCCCUUGGCUGCUCCCCCUCUGCCUUCUGUUUCACAGCUUCAUCAGCUCUCCCAUUAGUGGAGGAAGAGCCUCCAGCUCCUGGAGAUGACAGUCACUUUAAGUUCUGCAGUAGUGAAGGUGAAAGUCGCUUCUCAAAAGCUGCAGAAGAAGUUUGCAACAGCGACUUGUUUUGCUAUGAAAUAAAGGCACCAGGAUUCCUCCUCAGAGCCGGUAAGAACGGCUGGGACUGCAGCCUCCAACUUCAGCAUCUUCCUUAGCAAAUUCCCAGGGCACCCAGAGACACCUCAUCCAACUGGGGGUGAGCAGGGCCUAUGCAUCUGCAGCGACUUCAGAGUUCUGGGCUGUCAGAGGUGACGUCUCAGGCAUUCGGAGUUGCCCACCUCGUGGGAGUGGGAAAUUGAAGAUUUCUGCUGUGGACUCUCACAGAAACCACAAAGCUUUCUGUUCCAGGAGCUCUCCGGAUAAUGGCGAAAAUGGUGAGAAGGACGUGUGCGUUCUGUUCAGAUGGGGAGGCUGCUUCUAUAAUGUACGUUGCCAAAGAGCAAAAUAUUGCAGCUCAUCAGAAUUGUUUGUUAUUUUCCUCUGGAUUUGUGGAAUCUGAAGAGUAUAACCCUGAAAAUCUAGAUCUAAGGUUUGAUGUGGAAUCCGUGUUGAAUGAACUCAAGAGAGGAAAGCGUCUGGUGUGCAACUUCUGUCGCAAGAAAGGAGCCACAGUGGGAUGUGAGGAGAGAGCCUGCCGCAGGAGCUACCACUACUUCUGUGCCCUGUGCGAUGAUGCGGCCAUAGAAACAGAUGAAGUAAAUGGAGUCUACCGAGUGUUCUGCUCAAAACAUGACCCAGGGAACAGGACCAAUCACUACGAUGCAGCUAAUAAGAGGAAAAGACACACAUCAAAAUCUUCCACCAUCAUGGAACAAAUGAGGGCAGAAGAGACGGCAGAAGAAAACAGAUUACGAAUACUAAGAAGGAAAAGCAGCAGACACAAAGUCCGAAUCGACUUUCUCAGGAAAUGCAAACAAGCUGGGCUUCUGGAUGACAUAUUUGAAGAGAUGCUGGACACCCUUCACUUGGCACAGGAAAAGCUGAUGGAUGACAACACUUCAGAGACAGAGUAUGAAGAGACAGUAAUAUCACUCUUUGACUGUGGACUGUUUGAAAACAUACUGACAAAUAUUCAUUCAGGGACAGAGGAGAAAAUCCAGGAACUGCUGGAAAGCAAGAAAAGACUGGAUAACCAAAUCGAGCUCCUGCAGGAGUUAAAAGAAGUUUCCCUCCCUUCCCAAGAGAGUGCUGCCAGUACGUCCAGUACAGUGUCUGAAUAACCCCCACAGCUGUCAGUGAUGGUGUCAGUACUCCACAUUUUCUAAUGAUAGGAACCAGAUAGAGCACAUUUGGUUGGUAUAUAAGAGAUUUCCUUUCCCCCAGCCUAGGGCCACAAGCAAAGACUGGGGGUUUUUACUCAUUUUUAUACCUCACAGUUGCAGUAACUUGAAGUUGUUACUCUUUAAAUUUUACUGUGGAUAAUCAUAUUGUACGUCAGCUGUAGGCUUUUUAAAGCUGAAUAAAACCCUCCUGCAGGACUUUUUCCUUCAAGGACAGGACUAUCAGCAGCUGCCACAGAAAGCUUUUUCAAGUCACUUUAAUUGCUCCUCCUGACUGUGUGAAGUGGCCACUUCUCUGUCUGCAUCUACGUGGUGGUGUUUUUAAGGACCACAGUACUGCUCUGGCUUUCCAAAGAAGAUAAACUAGCAGGACUUGCACUCAGAGUGAAGUCUUCUGAAUUGUUAGCUGGAGGUUUUCAAAGUGGUUCUUGAUUAACUGCCUAAAAUAAUAGGUCUGCUGUAGCAGCAGUGGGAGUUGCAGGCAGACCAGAAGUAGUUGGGUACUACAGUCUGAUCACUGUGUAUAGUAUAGAAUGGAUCAGACAAUGGGACUGUCGUCUUCCUUUCUUCAUUAAGAAAGGAUAUAACUUCACUCUGCAUUAUCUUAAGAGCUAUUAUAUUUAAAUUGUUUGAAUACAGAAAAUUGAUUAACUACAACAGGGUAACUUAAUGCAAAUAAAGUGUUUUUAAGAAA